AUGCCAAAUGAUUGCGAAGAAAUUAGAUACCGAGCCGUGAGAAAGAGGAAAAGGGGGAAAUAUGUGACCGAAAUUAGGUCAAGAAAGAGAUCACGCAUAUCGCUGGGGUCAUACUUCACUCCUCACGCUGCAGCUCGAGCUUAUGAUGCUGCGCUCUUGUGCCUUCGAGGACCCAAUGCAACGGCUUUCAAUUUUCCAGUCACGCAGAUCAACCCAGGUGUACUGGAGGUGGCAUCUGCAGAGACUAAUCGAUCACCAGAGACUAUUCGUACAGCCGCCAUCGCGAUUGGCUCUGCAUACGACGUCGUUCCUCCAGCUGAUGAUGACGAAGCGGGUAGGAAAGUUGAAGAAGCAGUACCGACCGAAUCUUCGACUGAAACCAGAGACGCACCAAAAGAUACAUCACAUCAAGUGGAAGGAGAAGAAGAAGAAGAAGAAGAGGAGGAGAAUGAUAUAAAAUAUCUGUUACAAUCUCCAGAACAUAUACCAUUUGAGGAGAGCGUUCAGAUGGCUCCACUUCAGCCAGAUUUGCAACCCUACGACCAAUCUGAAAUUUUCCAUGAUUUAGAUAGUUGGGACGCCGUGCCAAAGCCACCUGAAUAA